UCUCAGCAGGGCUUUGUAAUACUAUGUGCACUCCCUCGUGUGUUACUAUUAUAUCCAACAGGAAACAGAUUUGGACAUACUGGUUAAUGCUUCAGCCAAACUCACUCGCUCAAGAAUAUUUCCAUAGUUGUUUGGCUUUGUUUUUCAUUUUUUACACAUACAUAAGUACUGUAAUUAUUUCCUGAUAUCUGGGAUACAUACGACCGGUCCUGUGUAGGUGGAUGAGAGUAAAACCCAUUUGGAUUGAGACAUGGAGCAGCUCUUUUUUCUUCUCAUCCCCCUGUUUGCAUCUUCAUCCAUAAUCUCAGCAGGAAAUGACCCAAACAUACCAACUACAGUACCUCCAAACACAACUGCUAUGUCUCCGUGGUCUGUUGUUUCAAGAACAGAAGUCCAAACUGAAAAAACUGUGACUUACACUUUGUCAUCUCAAUAUGAUAUUGGCAUGACCAGUCACACCUUAAAAACUGUGAGCACAACCACUGCUCCUGUAUCUUCUAGCCACACAGUCAGUACUAACGGAUCCAGCCUCUCUUCGGAUACCACAUCAGGACAGUCCAUCAUCACCAGCUCCACGUUAACCACACUAAAAUCUUACACUGACACAACUCUAAAUUCCACCUCAUCCCCAGCGGCCAAAAUAACAGGCAGUACUGAUGGAUCCGGCCUCUCUUCGCAUAACACAUCAGUGGGUGUUUCUCUGCUUCCAAAGACUUCAACAACCGCUAAUUCAAACAUCAGCAUGUCAGAGGUGACGGCAACACCUUCACAGGCACCAGACAGCGGUCUCACUUUGCUCGCCUUUGGUGUGAUGAGUCUUAUACUCAUUUUAAUUGUUGUCAUGGUGGUCUUGGUGACCGCUAUCAACCUCAGGGGACGGUGUAGAAAUACUAAACAGCAUGAGGGUAUUAAAAGCUGUGAUUCGGUGGUGUCUGACAGCAACAUGACCAGCAACUGUGAGAAAGAGAGCAUCACUCUUGUCUCUGUGAGGACAAUAAACACAGAAAACAAUACAGAUUCUCCCCAGAUGUCUUCAGUUCGUAGCACUAUAGUGGAUAAUGAUGACCAAGAAUUUACCAGAGACCUGCUGGGCAUCAAAGACGGACUGUGAUUUUACUCAGUUCGUAGUGCACGAGAUUGGAGGCUGCAUACUCUAUUUAUACUAUUAAAUGAAUGUGAAUUAAUGUGCCUUUAGCUAAUGGUCAGUGUACAGACCACACAUCAUGUUUAUGACAUGCAUUGGUGCACUCACUGCAUUUAAAAUAUCUCAUGCUCUCAUAUAUUAAACAUGACACAUCUUUCAUUGAUAAAUAAAAUGUCACUU